CCCCGGUGAAGACAGCUGACGUGCGCGGCAAUGGCGGAUAUGGAGGACCUUUUCGGGAGCGACGCCGACAGCGAUGCUGAGCGUAAAGAUUCUGAUUCUGGAUCAGGCUCAGAUUCUGAUCAAGAGAAUGUUGCUUCUGGCAGUAAUGCCUCUGGAAGUGAAAGUGAUCAAGAUGAAAGAGAUGACUCAGGAAAACCAAGUAAUAAGGAACUGUUUGGAGAUGACAGUGAAGAUGAGGGAGCUUCUCAUCAUAGUGGGAGUGAUAAUCACUCUGAAGGAUCAGACAAUAGAUCAGAAGCUUCUGAGCAUUCUGACCAUGAAGACAAUGAUCCCUCAGAUGUAGAUCAGCACAGUGGAUCAGAUGCCCACAAUGACGAUGACGAUGAAGGUCAUAGAUCAGAUGGAGGGAGCCAUCACUCAGAAGCGGAAGGUUCCGAAAAAGCACAUUCAGAUGAUGAAAAAUGGGGCAGAGAAGAUAAAAGUGACCAGUCAGAUGAUGAAAAGAUACAAAAUUCUGAUGAUGAGGAGAGGGCACAAGGAUCUGAUGAAGAUAAACUGCAGAAUUCUGAUGAUGAUGAGAAAAUGCAGAACACAGAUGAUGAGGAGAGGCCUCAGCUUUCAGAUGAUGAGAGACAACAACUGUCUGAGGAGGAGAAGGCUAAUUCGGAUGAUGAACGGCCAGCAGCUUCUGAUAAUGAUGAUGAGAAACAGAAUUCUGAUGAUGAAAGGCCACAGGCCUCGGAUGAAGAACACAGGCAUUCAGAUGAUGAAGAGGAACAGGACCAUAAGUCAGAUAAUAGUGGAACCAUGGAUCUCUUUGGAGGUGCAGAUGAUAUAUCUUCAGGGAGUGAUGGGGAAGAUAAACCACCCACUCCAGGACAGCCUGUUGAUGAAAAUGGAUUGCCUCAGGAUCAACAGGAGGAGGAGCCAAUUCCUGAGACCAGAAUAGAAGUAGAAAUACCCAAAGUAAACACUGAUUUAGGAAAUGACUUGUAUUUUGUUAAGCUGCCCAACUUUCUCAGUGUGGAGCCCAGACCUUUUGAUCCUCAAUAUUAUGAAGAUGAAUUUGAAGAUGAGGAAAUGCUGGAUGAAGAAGGUCGAACCAGGUUAAAAUUAAAGGUAGAAAAUACUAUACGAUGGAGGAUACGCCGGGAUGAAGAAGGAAAUGAAAUUAAAGAAAGCAAUGCUCGGAUAGUCAAGUGGUCCGAUGGAAGCAUGUCCCUGCAUUUAGGCAAUGAGGUGUUUGAUGUUUACAAGGCUCCACUGCAGGGUGAUCACAACCACCUUUUUAUAAGACAAGGUACCGGUCUACAGGGACAAGCCGUCUUUAAAACCAAACUCACAUUCAGACCUCACUCUACAGACAGUGCCACACAUAGGAAGAUGACCCUGUCACUUGCAGAUAGAUGUUCAAAGACACAGAAGAUUAGAAUCUUACCAAUGGCUGGUCGUGAUCCUGAAUGCCAGUGCACAGAGAUGAUUAAGAAAGAAGAAGAACGUUUGAGGGUUUCUAUUCGUAGGGAAUCUCAGCAGCGCCGCAUGAGAGAGAAACAGCACCAGCAGGGGCUGAGUGCUAGCUACCUAGAACCUGAUCGAUAUGAUGAGGAGGAGGAAGGUGAGGAGUCCAUCAGCUUGGCUGCCAUUAAAAACCAAUACAAAGGAGGCAUUCGAGAGGAACGAGCCAGAAUCUAUUCAUCAGACAGUGAUGAGGAAUCAGAAGAAGAUAAGGCUCAAAGAUUACUCAAAGCAAAGAAACUCACCAGUGAUGAGGAAGGUGAGCCUUCUGGAAAGAGAAAAGCAGAAGAUGACGAUAAAGCAAAUAAAAAGCACAAGAAGUACGUGAUCAGUGAUGAAGAGGAAGAAGAUGAUGAUUGAAGUAGAAAAUGUGAAAACUUUAUGUAUUUUAUUGUACAGUUUGUUUUAUAAAUAUGAUGUAAACAUGAGUUAUUUUGA